AUGAGGAAACUGAUCGAUGACCUCGACGAUGUCGACAACUACGUGGACGACAUCAUCGUGCACACAGAGACAUGGGAAGGCCAUUUGGUAGCCCUGGAUGAGUUGUUUCGCAGGCUGCCCGAGGCUAAGUUGACAGCGAGACCUACAAAGUGUGUGAUGGGCGCGAAAGCCAUCGAAGUUAUUGGUCACCGAGUCUCGGAAGGGAUCAAAGGUCUGCAGGAAGAAAAUGUCAGAAAGAUCGAAGGGGCGACCAGACCAAAGACCAAGAAACAGGUUAGGGCGUUUAUCGGGCUGACCGGUUAUUAUCGCGACUUCAUCCCCAAUUACGCGGCGAAGGCAGCACCCCUAACUGAUUUGACCAAGAAGGGGCAACCGAACAAGGUAUCAUGGGAGAAACCGCAGGAAAAGGCAUUCAUGACAUUAAAGAGGGAACUCACGAGUGAACCCAUCCUUCACCUCCCAGAUUCAGCCAAGCCGUUUGUGUUGAGAACCGAUGCCUCAGAUGUUGGAAUCGGAGCGGUGCUGAUGCAGGAUCAUGAUGGGAAAUUAUUCCCGGUCAGUUAUGCUAGUAGAAAGUUAUCCCCGAGAGAAUGCAAGUACAGCACCAUCGAAAGAGAAUGUUUGGCGAUCGUGUGGGCGAUACAGAAGUUUCGAGUCUAUCUUUACGGAAGAGAGUUUGUACUCCAGACGGAUCAUCAACCAUUAAUAUACCUAAACCGAGCGAAGUUUUUGAAUGAUCGUAUUAUGAGAUGGGCUAUGUUUCUACAGAGUUAUGCGAUGAGGAUAGAGUCCAUCAAGGGUUCAGAGAAUGUAGGUGCGGACUAUCUCAGCAGAGUUUACUGA